CUCCAGUUGCCCAGUGCCGUUUGAAUUAAAUUCCUGAUGUGCGCCCCCUGUUUUGCUCUUGUUAUUUAAAUACGUUUCUUCUUUUUAUUGUUCAGUGCUCUUGUAGCUUAAGGUUUCCGGCAGGCGCUCUUCUUUGUGGACAUGCACAUUGCUUUCGCAUGCUUGCUUUGCUCAGUUCAUCAUUAUUGUUAUUAUCGACAUCGACAUCAUCAUCACAAUCAUCAGGAGAGGGGCAGCCGCGCAAACCAGAGCCAUGGAAUAAAACAUUUUCCUUCCUGAGUGUUUUUUUUUAUUAUUUCUGGGGAGAGAAAAAGUCGUGCAAGUGCGCGAAGGUGUCGGAUUUUAUGCCCCGCUGGAUAGCGUAUGUGGGCCGUUUUGCUGCACUUUUUCAGCCGUGGAUGCUGUGAGCGACUGCCGUUAACGUUAGCUGGGGGCUCCGUAGCGCAUUGCCGGAGGAAGAGGCAGCAGGAGGGGACUGAACUAAAAGACUUGCCUAUUUGGCAAUUCGGGACACAUGUUGAGCUAACACUGCUCCCGGUACCCCCCACCCCAACCCCCAUCCUCCUUUAAAAAAACCAGACUUAUUUAAUUUUUAUCGCUCGUUACUCUUCCAUAACGUUUUUUGGAGUUCACCUUCUACCUAAUAUAUUUUUCGCGAAACUAUGGAUCUUGGAAAAAUGGCCGUGAGCAUCAAUAAGGCCAUCAACACGCAAGAGGUUGCCGUGAAGGAGAAACAUGCCAGGACGUGCAUUCUGGGCACGCACCACGAAAAGGGCGCCCACACCUUCUGGGCCGCGGUCAACCGGCUGCCCCUGUCCAGCAAUGCCGUGCUCUGCUGGAAGUUCUGCCACGUCUUCCACAAGCUGCUGCGGGACGGGCAUCCCAACGUAAUAAAGGACUCCAUGAGGAACAAAGCAGACCUGUGCGACAUGAGCAGGAUGUGGGGACACCUGAGCGAAGGUUAUGGCAAACUGUGCAGCAUCUACCUCAAACUGCUCAUUACUAAAAUGGAGUUUCACGUCAAGAAUCCCCGUUUCCCCGGCAACCUGCAGAUGACAGACAAGCAGCUCGAGGAAGCAGGAGAGAACGAUGUCAAUAACUUCUUCCAGAUUACAGUAGAGAUGUUUGACUACCUGGAGUGUGAGCUGAGCCUCUUCCUGGGAGUUUUCAGCUCACUGGACAUGUCGCGCUCCGUAUCGGUGACGGCGGCGGGACAGUGUCGCCUAGCACCCCUCAUUCAGGUGAUCCUGGACUGCAGCCAUCUGUAUGACUACACCGUCAAGCUGCUCUUCAAGCUGCAUUCCUGCCUUCCAGCAGACACACUCCAGGGCCACCGGGACCGCUUCCAAGAGCAGUUCAAGAAGCUAAAGAGUCUGUUCUACCGCUCCAGUAACCUGCAGUAUUUCAAGAGGUUGAUUCAGAUUCCGCAGUUGUCGGAGAACCCGCCCAAUUUCCUGCGUGCCUCGGCUCUUUCGGAGCACAUCAGCCCGGUGGUGGUGAUCCCACUGGAGGCCUCAUCACCCGAGAGCGAGCAUGUCGUGGAGACAGAGGAGCUGGUCGACACGGACAUCCCAGUCCAGACGAGCACCGAGAGCAAAUUUGAUGAUGUCUUUGGGACCUCCUCCUCCUCGGACCCAUUCAAUUUCAACAGCCAGAAUGGCAUGUAUAAGGAUGACAGGGACUGCCUGAUCGAGCAGCUCACGCGGGAGCUACACGCCCUCAAGGAGGAGCUGGAGUCCUUCAAAAUGGAGAGUUCCCGGCUGUGCCAGUCCCUACGGAGCCGUGUAAACGAGCUGGAGGCAGAGCUGGCCGAGCAGAGCCACCUGAAGCAGCAAGCGUUGGGGGAAGGCGAGUUCCUGAAGGCCGAGCUGGAGGACCUGCGGCGGGUGAAGGAGGACACGGAGAAGGAGCAGCGCAGCCUGACCGAGAUCGAGAGAAAAGCACAGGCAAAUGAGCAGCGCUACACCAAGCUGAAGGAGAAAUACACAGCCCUGGUGCAGAGUCACGCUGACCUGCUACGGAAGAACGCAGAGGUGACCCGGCAGAUGACGGUGGCGAGGGCGGCCCAGGAUGAGGUGGAGAGCGUGAGGCGGGAGAUGCAGGAGAAGGUGAAGGCCGCCGAGGCGGACGUCCACCUGCGGGAGAAGGAGCAAGAGGAGCAGCUGGGGACACUGCAGAAGGAGGUACAGGCGAGCAGGGCGGAGCUGGAUAGGCUGAGGGAGACGGUGACCUCCUCACAUCAGUCGAGCGAGGUGCUCAGUUCCCAGGUCUCGGCCCUGGAGGCAGAGAAGUCGGGCUUGGCUGAGACAUUGGCGCGGAAGGAAGCAGAGCUUGCGGGCCUGGGGGAGGAGCUGCAGCGAGUGCAGAAGAGUCUGGCAAGCGAGCGGGAGAGCGGUGUGAAGGUGGCGGAGAAUCUACAGAACCAGCUCAACGAGAAGGAAAGUCGGGAGCAGGCUCUCGAGAGCCAGCUGGUGGCAGCACGCUGGGCCGCUCUGCAGGGGGCGCUGGAGGAGGCCACACGCAUCGUGCAGGACUCCCUCGCGGGCCUGGAUGACCCGGCACACAUCAGCUGCACCAGCUCAGCCGAUUACCUCAUGUCCAGGACUGAGGCCGCCCUCGAAUGUGUGGACAGACUCCAGGCAGCCAGAGAUGUCUAUGUGUCCAACAGCACAGAUGUGGCAGAGAUUUUGCGGGCAGUGGCCCAGUUCGGCCACCAGGUCAGUGACACCAUCAUGCAGGGCGGUGCCACAUCGCACAUGUUAGCGGUGGAGCAGGCUGACUCUCUGGCGGAGGACGUGAAGGCCUGCGGGGCGGAGGCUCUGGAGCUGCUGGGCCAGCUGAAGGAGCAGGGCACCUUGGGCACUGCUGACGGCACCACGCUGAGGGCGGUGCUGGGCCGUAUCAAGACCACCGCUGAGGACCUGCGGCCUCGUGGGCUAGAGCUGCAGCAGGGAGAGCUGGGUGACCUGGUGGAGCAGGAGAUGGCGGCCACCUCCGCUGCUGUGGAGUCUGCUGCUGUCAGGAUUGAGGAAAUGCUGAACAAGUCACGAGCUGUCGACACGGGAGUGAAGAUGGAGGUCAACGAGAGGAUCCUGGCAUCCUGUACAGAGCUAAUGCAGGCUAUCAAAGUCCUGGUGCUGGCCUCCAAAGAUCUCCAGAGGGAUAUCGUUGAAAGCGGCAGGGGGGCGGCGUCGAUGAAGGAGUUUUAUGCCAAAAAUUCCCGCUGGACAGAAGGGCUCAUCUCAGCCUCGAAGGCAGUGGGAUGGGGCGCCACAAUGAUGGUGGACGCGGCCGACCUGGUGGUGCAGGGAAAUGGCAAAUUCGAGGAGCUGAUGGUCUGCUCGCACGAGAUUGCAGCCAGCACAGCGCAGCUGGUGGCCGCAUCCAAGGUGAAGGCUGACAAGGACAGCGCCAACCUGGCACGCCUGCAGCAGGCAUCUCGCGGGGUUACCCAGGCCACCGCCGGCGUCGUGGCUUCCACUAAGUCCGGAAAAUCACAGAUCGAGGAGAAAGACACGAUGGACUUCUCCAGUAUGACCCUGACUCAGAUCAAGAGGCAAGAGAUGGACUCACAGGUGCGGGUGCUGGAGCUGGAAACGCGGCUCCAGAGGGAGCGAGAACGUCUGGGAGAGCUGAGGAAGAAGCAUUAUGAGCUGGCGGGUGUGGCCGAGGGCUGGGAGGAGGAGCAGAGCACGGGCUGAGAUCUGCCUGCCCUGACGCCCAUCAGCGCCGGCCCUGCUUCUGCCAUAUUUUACCGUUUUUACACACCGUCUGUUUCCGUUUUUCUUUUGUACCUUGCUUCAGUUUAUAAGCCAAAUACGAAGGUGCUCUUUUUUCACACACCACCCUCCCACCCCCCACCAACAACAACAACUAUGGCCCAUGGAAGCUUUACAAGACAAGCACAGCUGGUGGGCUUCCGCGUGCAGCCCAGGGCUCGCCUGCAGUGCCCUCUGCUGGCCUGCUCACGCAAUCGCAGGCUUGUUCUCCACCCGGCUCCCGCUUAUUUAUUAGCUCGCAUGCUGCUUUUCCUUUAUUAUUGACUCUGUGGAUGUCGGCGCCAGUCUCGCUCCUGACGACCCAAGCUGCCAUGGGGCCCAUUUCACUGUGUAUAUCCUGAACCCCGCCCCCCCCCACCCCAGUUCUCUCCAAGCACACUCAUAACCUUCACCAAGUACCCCACCCGCAAACUAUAAGUAGCCCGGACUCACAGACUGCACCCCCACCCCCCAGCUACUGUGAUCAGAAUGUGACUGACACCCUCCCCAUUUCGUCCUUGACGCAAACACACACCAAACCCCCCUCGGCCCAAACAGAGGCUGCCUCCCCCCCAGUGUUUGCGUGUGCUGGUUUAUUUCUGUAUUGCACACUAAUUUCGCCUUGUGUAAGUACGGUUCCGCUAGAAGGCGUUCCCACAGGGCGGGGUCGGUCGGAGGGCUGCAGCAUCGCCCCCCCUUGUGGCCGUCUUUGCUGUGCGUCCUGUGUUCUCUGCUGCUCUCUCUCUUUCCCUCGAUCGUCUGCCCUGCUGCCCAGACGUAGCUAGCUGCUUGAAUACUGUUAUAGACCCCAGCGUUCUAGUCGUGCACCCGCAGGAAUCACUCUGGGUUCAGCUCACAUUUCACACAAAGCCCAAAACCUGGAUAGAACUCGAUGCUUCCGGGAUCAGGAUCAGUGUAAGCGGCCGUUGCGUAUCUUCCAUCAAGUUCAACCAAAAUGUCCUGGACUUUCAAUACCCUGAAUUGCAAAGAAGGAAUUCUGCUGUUCGCUGUAGUGUCAGUGGCCACAUCCGGGCUGGUGGUGUCCAAAAAUGUAUGUGCUGUUUUCCUUUUUGUAAUAUUUCUCUUUGCGCGCAUACAGCAUUAAGUCAAGCAGAUUGUGUUGCUGCGAUUAUGAGAGAAGUCAGUGCCUUUGCAGGGAGGGGAGACUCAAAGCCUCUACUGAGAAAAAUUGAAAAAUCGGAGUGGAUACGGUCUUUCUUUGUUUUUCCUUUUCCCCCACCACUCAUAAUUUGGGAUCGUAAAAGGUCCAAAUGUGGUGCUGGUUACAGAAUUGGGGUGGGUCCCGACUCUGACGCCUACCCUUACCCGCCAGCCUGUGUGGAGGCACCGUAGCGCCGUAACGUUCAGAUUCCCAAGUGACUCAGCAGUUUUCCCACAGACGUCCGUGGUUCGGUGACCACGCUGGGCAGGUCCCGCCCCUCAGCGUGCGUAAGCCUAUCAGAUAGCUGGCAAUCAUCAGUCGCCACGCGGAAACCCGUCGUUUCUUCACAGCAGCCAAUGACUAUUUCAAACUGUUAGCACAACAAUGAUGGGUUCUAGGUGGCUUCGAUGAGUAGACCUCUGAGAGGCGGGGCCUUGUAGCAUUUUCCAGCCAAUUACACUCAGGCACAUUCAGGCCCUGCCCACCUCAACCUUUUGCCAAAACUGAUAGGUGGACAGAUGUCACAUGGUCAACAGCUCGGCAUGCUGUCACAUAAACAGAGUAUCUGCUCUUGUCAUUAAGACCAGCUCCAUUGGUGAGAGCUGUGUCUUCUGGUAGGCCAGUGUUUUGCUUUGAUAAAGAAUUUUUUUUGUAUGUCAUUUCUGUAUGUGUGUGAGUGCUGUGUGAGGUUUUGAGUGGGUCUGUGUGUGGUGUACACACAUUGUACAAUUAAACUUCCUGAUUCUCCUCGUUCUGUAGCACUGCCUUAGUCAGUAGGUGAAGUUGUAACACUGAGUAUUUUAUUAAUUCCUAUGUUAAUAUUCCAAUGUAUUCCUGGUAUUAAACUUCCUUGAUUUGUGUCAUGUGACCAGCCAGCCAGCCUCUCUGCUGCCUCUUUCACUUUAGACGCGAAAGAAACACUUUAAUAAUGUUUCAUUAAUAAAACAUCACAAAAUUAAGAAAAAAUAUCUUUGUACCAUAUACUAAAAUGUUCCUUUGUUUUUAAUUAAAGCAAUGAACUAUUGAA